AUGAAGAAGAGUUUGAUAUUGGCCUGGAUUCUGGUCCUCGGCAAGGCCAUGGCAAUGGCUCCUCCCCACGGCUAUUACUCCAAGACCAAGCCAUAUGUUCCGGCUCCACAAAAACUAACCCAUCUCCACUUCUUUUUACACGACACCUUGAGCGGCCAAAACCCUAGCGCGGUCAUUGUAGCCCGUCCGAACAUGACGACCGCAUCGGUGCCCUUUGGCGAGGUGAUAGUCGUUGAUGAUCCGCUCACUGUUGGACCCAACAUAACGUCAGAGGUCAUCGGAAACGCUCAAGGCCUCUGGGUGUCGACCGGAAGAGACGUUUUGACUCUAAUGGUGUACUUGGACUUUGGGUUCAUGAAGGGUCAAUUCAACGGCAGCUCCAUCAGUAUGUUCUCGAGGAAUCCGAUCACGGAAACAGAACGUGAGCUAGCGGUGGGCGGAGGGAGAGGAAAGUUCAGGAUGGCGAAAGGGUUUGCACAGCUUAAGACUUACUUCAGAAAUAGCACCCUUCGCAAUUCUAUUGUUGAGUACAAAGUGACUGUGAUUCAUUACUAA